AUGAGUGAUCAAGAAAUGAAUAACUAAGACUUAAUAUUUGACGAUUUCGAAAUGGAUUAAGCUCAAUAAGAGAUUAUAUCCUAAAGAAAAAUAUGUUACUACUCAAAUUUCGACAUUAAUGUCAACGAGUGGUUCGAAGAAUAUGAAAAUAUUCAAAUUUUCAAGGAUAACGUACAGAAAAAUUUGGGAAAACUGUGGCUUUAAUACCUAUCCUAAGCCAUAAAAUUGAAUUCAACUGACAAAUCCGUCAUGGAUAUAGAUCAAGAAAGCUAUGAUUCAAAUGACAAAUCUUUAAAAGUGUUACUAGAGUGUUUCCUUUUAGAAGUUCCUCAAGUUCCCUCUGACAUCGAUAAUUAAAUUAAUAAUAACAAGCCCGUGACGUAUGAUCAUCAAAUUACGUCAUCGCUCGAAGGAGGAUCUAAUAAAAAUGAUUCUCAGAACUUAUCAAGCGCCUCUUAAAGAUUCAACAUGAAUCUCAGAUUUGAGGAAUUCUAUGAUAUCUCACUCUAUUGGUUCUAGGGCAGCAAUACCCUUUCGACUUCUUACGAAAUAGUCGAUUAAUAAACCUUCAAAUCUUUAUUGCAUACCUUCUAUUACGUAGCGAUGAAAGAGAUGACCAAUAUUACCAAGAAGCGAGAAAGUGACGAGCGCUUUGCAAUUAGCUAGCUAACCGAAAAGGCUCUAGCCAAGCACAACUCAAAGAAGCUACCUUCCCAUGGAAGUUGGAGUUCUAAUCUGACAUCAGCAAGUACCGUCUCAUAAUCAACAAAGAUUUCAUAAAGUACGUCACUGUAAUAAAAGAUCAAUAAGGAAGGUACCUCAGUCUAAAUCCAAAAGUAAACUAGCAAUAUAACUGGCGAUCACCAGACAAGCUAGAAAGAGUCUAAGAAAUGGUCCCCAACCAAAAUGAGAAAUUUGAUCCCCGGAUUUUCUAUUAUAAAAAAUAAAGUUAUAAGUCCUUUACUGGUCGCUACCGAAAGGGUGGUGGAGUACAUUAUCCCAAGCAAAAAUAAAAAUUAAAACUAGGAUGACAUCUCCGACAAAGACUCAUCCGAGAACAAAAGUCUCCCAGAUUAGUUUAAUAAUCUUUCUCUUCAUGAUUCUGAAAACAGAAGAAAAUUAAAGAGAAAAAGAUUUUAGUAACUUUUGAGAGAUGACUCCAUUUUCGAUUAAGAAUUUACUGAUAGCGUUGACUAUCAGAAUCUACUGGCCAAAGCAUCUGAUUGCAUUGAUGUCAUUUCUAAAAGAAGAAAAAUAAAUGAGUCAGUCACAAGUCACUUUGUUACAAAUAUCAUUGAGAUAAAAAAUGACGCACUAAACUAACUGAAGACAGAGAAAGAGGAAGAAAAAUAAGUAGACAUUUCCACCUAAAUUAAAUCCGAGACAGACUUGAACAUUAGAUUCAUUAAGCCAUCCAAGAAUUUCUAUAAUAAAUUAAUGGGGCUAUGGCUGAGAUUCGAUAAAACUAGACUGAGUUCAAUAACUUUCGAGGAAUUUAUGAACUAUAUCACAAAGCAUUCACUUAUACCAUCGAGCCAAGUGGAGGAUUAAUAAAAUUAGGAGCAUUCCAACUCUGAACAGUUGAUUCCAACAAAAUAAUUUUUCUCUACUCUCAAAAACGAAUGGCUAAGAAUGAAGCAAUAAUAGGAUGAAUUCUCCAUUUCUCAAUUCUUUAAUCAAGUAAAAUCUAAUUUAUUCCAAAAAUGGAAUGAGUAGAUUAUUAACAAGAGUAAAAAAUUCUAAAAAGUAUCAAGCGAAUGA